AGGACAUACAGCAUGGGCUACUUGUGCCACAUUCCAAUGACUUUUACUCACUUUAUAUUUAAUAUUCUGUAAUAUUUCUCUGCAUGACUCAUACUGCUGUGACAGAUCCGAUGGAUUUAGGCUAAAUAAAUGAGUCGUGCCGAUGACAACAGCUUCCACAUUAAAGCUUUUGCUGUGGUUUUGAUGCAUGAAGUCAGCGGAGGAGCUAUUUUUUUUGCUUUUCCUUCAUGGGAUACUUCUUCUUGGGCAUUUUGGAAACUCGCAUAACGGUGACGGAGGAGAGGACGGACGCCCUUCAGCAGCCUCAGCCGCGGACGUGCGCGCACCGCUGGAGGCAGUCGAGCUGCAGACCAAGUCUUGUUCGGAGGAUCUCUGGCUGAUGUUAGCGGCGGAGAGGAGAGAGAGCAGAGAGAGAGCUGGGUGGGCAUGACAUGUGAGCCAAGUCUGCACAGACACAACAAAUACCCAAAUGAGAGGAGACCGACACGGCAGCUGUAGCUUCCCGUGCCUGCUUCAGUCUGGCAGGCGUCAAGGUGCAGCAGGCUGGAGAGGGAGGGUGGAAGAGCCGCUGUUUAAUUAACUAUCCGACGACACGUUGCCGCGCAGAAUAACGUGACGGCUUUACAGCAGACACGGAGACACACGGGAGAGGACACUAUGUCAAAGGAGACGAGAGGCAAAGGAUCACGAAAGCACAGCGCCUCUCAUUGGUGUCUGCAGAACAUUGCUCAAGAAUCAGUCGACAGCUCAGAUGAGGAGUUCUUUGAUGCCAGAGCAGAUGUUAUGGAGGGCAAGAGCGCCAUUCUGCUGGGCAUGAGUCAGUGGAACUCAAAUGACCUGGUGGAGCAGAUUGAAACUCUGGGACACAUGGAGGACCAGUCUCAUGAGGGUCUCUACCAGCUGGGUGGUCCACACUGUGCCCCUCAGAGCAGCAUUGAAGGACUGGAGGACGUAGAGAGGAAAUGUAAGACGCAUGUGCUGCUGCUGGUGGUGCACGGGGGAAACAUCUUGGACACAGCAGCCGGAGAUCCAAGCACAAAGGCUGGAGAUGUGGCCACCCUGGCCUCUGUGCUGGAGAAAGUGACGCGGGCGCAUUUCCAGGCCGCCGCCACCGAACAUGUGAAGAUCAAACUGGUGCCAUGUCCGGCAGUGUGUGCUGAAGCCUUCUCCCUGGUGUCCAAUCUGAACCCAUACAGCUAUGACGAGAGCUGUGUGUCCAGUAGCGUGGACCACCUGCCCCUUGCUGCUCUCCCCCUCCUCGCUAUCGUCUCACCUCGCUACCAGGAUGCCGUGGCGACCGUGAUCGCCCGAGCCAACCAGGUCUACCGCAACUUCCUGCAGUCGGAGGAUGGCCAGGGAUUCACGGGUCAGGUAUGCCUGAUGGGCGACUGUGUGGGAGGUGUGCUGUGCUUCGACGCUUUGUGCUUCAGUAACCACCAGAGGCCUGGCAGCCCCAACAACAGCAGCAGGAACAACAGCACUGAGAGCCUGAAGGAUAACUCAGGCCUGCUCGGGGAGUCCAGCCUGGGUCUGAGUUCCAGCAAGAGGCUCAGUAAGAGCAACAUUGAUAUCUCCGCCCCCAAUGAAGGACACAGCCAGAGCGGGCUGCCGCUCAGCCGUAAGCAGAGUGACUCAUAUGAUGGAGACACCUCGUCCACAGGCCAGCACAGCUUUUUUUCCAGUUUGAUGAAGGAGGGUGUGGAGCUGCGUGGUGGCAGUGGCACCAGCCUGGUGUUGAACCCUGGUCGAUUUGACUUUGAAGUGUCAGACUGCUUCCUGCUGGGCUGCCCGUUAGGCCUUGUGCUGGCCAUGAGACGCACUGUGCUGCCUGCCGUCCAGGUGAGCCAGCUACAUCCAGCCUGCUCUCAGAUUUUCAACCUGUUUUACCCUUCGGACCCUUCAGCCUCCAGACUGGAGCCGCUAUUACAGCCUCUCUUCCACAAGUUGCCACCCUUUGCUGUGCCGCGCUACCAGCGCUACCCUCUAGGAGAUGGACGCACAAUGCUCAUAGCCGAGAGUAUCCAAGGCCAUUCAGACGUGUUUUUGGAAGGUGAGCAAACCCCUGGAGGUCAGGCUUCACUGAUGUCCUCUGAGACGAAGACUGAAGGAGGAGGAGAAGAGGGAGGUCGUAGAGCCAGCGUGACCAGCGUGGAAAGUGAAAUGUCAAUUUGCUCCAUGGGCCAGCUGGGAAACACCAUCGCUAACAUUUCCAGCGGCUGGUGGGGCUCCAAGAGGCUGGAUUAUGCUUUGUACUGCCCUGAUGUGCUGACUGCCUUCCCAACAGUGGCUCUGCCUCACCUUUUUCACGCCUCCUACUGGGAGUCCACUGACGUAGCAGCUUUUGUUCUCCGGCAGCUCAUGCGAUGCGACUGUGUGAAGACCCAUGAAGCAGACAAUUUGGACUCUGCGCCGUUCUCGCCCUCCAGCCCACGGGAAAAAUGGCUCAGAAGGAGGACACAUGUCAAACUGAGGAACGUUACUGCCAACCACAGGGUGAAUGACAUCAUUGCCACCGAGGAUGGGCCUCAAACUCUGGUUGGUCGCUUCAUGUACGGCCCCUUGGACAUGGUUACUCUGACUGGAGAAAAGGUGGACAUCUUGCUAAUGACACAACCUCAGUCUGGCCGCUGGGUGCACUUUGACACAGAGGUGACCAACAGCAGCGGCAGAGUCACAUACACUAUACCCAAGAGCAAGAAGCUCGGCCUGGGAGUCUACCCUAUUAAAAUGGUGGUGAAGGGCGAUCAAACAAGCGCAGAGGCCUACCUGACUGUGUUGCCACGGGGCAUGGAGUGUGUGGUCUUCAGCAUCGAUGGCUCUUUCGCUGCUAGUGUGUCAAUCAUGGGCAGUGACCCCAAGGUCCGCCCCGGAGCUGUCGAUGUCGUCAGGCAUUGGCAGGACCUUGGAUAUUUGAUCAUCUACAUCACAGGCCGCCCUGACAUGCAGAAGCAGCGCGUUGUAUCCUGGCUCUCGCAACACAAUUUUCCCCAUGGGAUGAUCUUCUUCUCUGAAGGCCUGGUUCAUGAUCCCCUGCGGCAAAAGACCAUCUUCCUCAAGAACCUCAUACAAGAUUGUCACAUUAAGAUCAACUCUGCUUACGGUUCCAUGAAGGACAUCUCUGUUUACAACAUGCUCGGCCUCUGCCCCUCGCAGAUUUAUAUCGUCGGCAGACCUUCAAAGAAAUACCAAAAUCAGUGCCAGUUCCUGAGCGAGGGCUAUGCAGCGCACCUCUCCACCCUUCAGUUUGGGCACAGAGCUAGACCCAAGAAAUCCCCUUCGGUUCGUAUGGUCCUAAGGAAGGGCUCCUUCGGUCUCUCUGCGAAGCCUGACUUCCUGUGUAAGCGCACCCAUCUGCGCAGGACCAUGUCAGUGCAACAGCCCGACCCACCAUGCACGCCCAAUCCCAAGCCUGAGCGAGCCCAGAGCCAACCAGAGUCAGAUAAGGACCACACGGGAGGAGGAGGAGGUGGAGGUGGAGGAGGGGGUGGAGGAGGUGGUGGAGGAGGAGGUGGAGGACAAGGCCCAUGGGGACGGCCCUCCAUACAUCGUGGCGACACCACUCCCUGACGUCAACAAAGAGAUGGGAGGAUUGCGGGAGGAUAGAAGAGGAGAACAAAGGGGUCUUAGUGUCCAGGGCCAAGUGUCACCUCUACCUACUCUACAUGUACAUUGGAUCCCCUGCUGGUGUCCCUCGCAGCUCAGCUUUACCUCCUGCUUGGCCCUCUACACUUCUCCACCUGUUCGACCCUUUUUUCGUGGUGGAUUUAGUCUUUGUGCCUGAACAUUUUAAGCAGUUGCCGGAGGAUGGCAAUGAUUUUUGUGAAUGUCUGUGUCAAGCUAAAAUUGUGUCUAAUUGUAAAAUCAAAAGAAUGUACUUCACAUAACGGAUAUACACACAUACACACACUUGAGAGGAUGAAAAAUGUGACGACGGUGGUGACUUUGACCCUGUUGACACUUUGCAGCAGAUCACCAGAAGCAUUCAGACUGCUGUGUUGACAGGUGGUCACGUUGACUGACUCCUGCACUAAACCUCCACCGAUGUAAAUACUCAACACUCAUCAUCGCUGUGUGGGCUUGGGGACACAGACGCACUGUGACAUUUAGGUUCAAGCUGUACAUGAGCUCUAUGAUCUGGCGCCCAAAUGAGCCGACCUCGCCAAACGCCAGCCUCUGCCUCCAUUUCACUCCCACUGUUAGAUAUCUCCCUUGCGUUGUGGCUGGCUUACUACACCCCUCCAUCCAUUUAACCAGUCUGGCAGAACAGGCCUUUUGACCUCAGACCAGGUCCACAGCCGCUCGGCUCUGCCCCUGAGGUUGCAUUUGCACUAUCGAAGUACACCGCAGUGGUUCCCGAUUUAGCUGCUGUACUCACUUCAAAAACAAGAGUUGUAUUUGUAUUUUAUUGUACUUGUAGAUUUUGUUUCUCCUGCAGAUUGUGCACUGUCGCUGCCUGUUGGUUACUGUAACUACUGGAGGAUUAAACAUAAAUAGUUUGUAGGAAAGUGUUGGUUUGACCAAAAAAUGUUUACAGAUUGAUAGACACAGAUGUAAAAAGUAACCAGAAGUUGUUUAUCUACAUAAUAAAAAAAGACAGUGGUUAUAUCAUUAUUAGAAGCAUUAGUUUAGUUGCUUGGUAGUUGCAGUAGCUUGCAGGUUAUCAUACAAUACACCCCAUGUCAGUUGAAAUUCACUAGGAUGCUCUUACAUCCUUUUACAACAGCUGCACUGGAACCAGUGGGUGUGUGAUAAAAUCUGAUCUGACAGUCUUGUGCACUCGAGGUUGAAUUUAGUCUUACUGUGGCCAUAUUUAAAACUCUGUGCAAGUCAAACAUAUUUUUCUAUGAGGAAAUAUUGUAAAUAGAAAUAUUUUCAAUGUAUGUUUUUGAACCUUUUGUUGUUUGACUUGUUGAAUGGUUGAUUUUUGCCUUAAAUUGUAUUUGAUGUUGUGUAGAGAUACAAAACUAUUUGAUUUGGUUGACCAAAGUAUUGAGUUUUACUGUUACUUCAUGACAAAGUGCAUUUUAUCUUGUUGAUAUUUUGCUUUGAAAUGUUCCAGAUACUGUAUAUGUGUGUGUGCGUGUGUGAGUGACUGUCUAGUUGUUUGUUGUGGAGUUGUAUUUACUGUGAACAUAAAGACAGCUAUGACAGGUCCAUGCCUCUGCAGAGGAAUCAGAGGACACGGUGAGGCCAGUGUUAACAUACCCGCAUGUUCUCACUGCAGCUCACUACUGCCGGCUUUUUAGGACUGAGCGUGUGUUUUAUAGGUUUGGAUUGAAGCAGUGUGUCAGCGGAUUACUUAGUUGAGGUUUUUAUGCCUGCUAUGAAAGAAAAAGGGCUUAUGAGUUCUAAGGGUAUCUUGAUUUAACUUAAAACCUGCAUGGCUGAGUGGGACGUGCUAGCCAGGAGGGAGCUGUCUUGUCUUUUCUUUCACCGCCUCCACACCAUAGGUGGUACAGUAAUUAGCUAUUUGAUUACUACUAAGUAUGUAUGACUCCCUGUAGUGACGCCCCUGUAAUUGCAGUGCACCGAUUAGCGUUACUUGGUAAUUGUACGAUAUUGUAGAAACAGUACGGAAAUACUUAACUCCAUCUCAUUUUGCAUUUAGGUUGUUAAUACUAAAAUAUUCUUAUCCAAGCAACAGAAUGAUCACUCUCAUCAAUGUAUACACAAUAAUCAAAGUGACUCCGUAAGUCUGUAUAAAACACAUAGUGAUAUUUUUCUGCCAUGACGAUGCACUGGAGGAGUGAACUAUAUAUGCUGGGCAGCAUUUUGGUGUAACAAUGUUAGUAAAUGGCAAAUGAUGAUCUAAUGGUUAAAUGGUGAUUGUUCUGUGCAUGUUAAUUAUUUGAUAUUGUUAAGUAAUGGCUAUCAGUUUGUCAUGUUUGUGGUACUCUUUGAUAAUUAAGUCGUUAUUUGUAAAUAAGGGGUGAAUGAUGAUUAAUGGACGGAAAUUCAACCACCUUUUGUUGAAUAAACUGCAAAUCAGUAACUUUAUAAUACAACCCCGAUUACAAAAUAGUUGGGAUGAUGUGUGAAAUGUAAAUAAAAACAGAAUGCAAUGAUUUGCAAAUUCCUUUUGACAUAUAUUCAAUCAAACACAGUACAAAGACGAGAUAUUUAGUGUUUAAACUGAUCAACUUAAUUGUUUUUUGCACUUAUUCUGAUUAUGAUGCCUGCAAGAUGUUCCAAAAAGGCUGGGACAGGGACAUGUUUACCACUGUGUUACAACACUUUUUUUUUUUUUUUUUAAACACUCAGAAGUUUCACAUCCAGCCCCCUUAAAAUCUUCAAGAUUUAAAGACUGUCUGUGAGGAAGAAUGAGCCAAAAUCCAAUUUCUUCAUACAGGCAGCAUCUUAAAACUGGCAUUGCAAAUGUGUUCAUUACUUUUAUCCUGUGGCAGACCAUGUUAUUGCACACAAUUUUUAUUCAUUAAAAUGUUAUGAUUUCUUUAUCAGUGUAGUUUUAUUUAAUUAAUACCAAUGUCUGGUCUAAGUUUCAUGUGAAUAGCUGCAUUGGAAACAUGAUUAAUGAAAAAAAUGUUGCUUAUUUUCCAUGCUUUAUGUCAAAAAGGAUUUGCAAAUCAUUACAUUCCUUUUUGUAUGUUUUACACAGCAUCCCAACUUUUUCUGAAUCAGGGUUGUAAAUAACUGAGUUUUUAAUGGUAUAAAUAUUGUAAAUGAGGCAGGGCAUUAUCAAUAAAGAUUGUAAAUUACCUCUUACUUUUACCUCAGAUGUUCACUCGUGUAGUGGGAUUAAUGGAAACUAAUUAAAUUCCAUCUUUACUUUAAUCUUAGAUACUAAAGGUGAAUAAUCCAAAUAGCACAGAAAAAAAAAAUCAUACAAUGUAGAAAUAUUGUAUAUUUAAGUGUUACACAAUUACUGUCCUCAAAUUAAUAUAAUUAACUGCUCACUCAGUGCUAAUUAAUGUUGUCAAAUGAUUAGUAUUCACCAAAUCAUGACUUAACUAUUGGGUAUUGACCUAAUUUGCCAUUUAUUAACAAGAUUUAUGAAGUAAACAUUAGCAAGUUAACUAACAUGGCGUGUCAGCCUCUUUUGGGGAAAAAAACAAACAAUUUCAUUUAUUUUUGUGGGUUUAUUUUUGGUCUUAUGAGUAUUUGACACUGGCCUUUUGACUACUGAGGAUAAAACACCUGGUUUCACUGAUACAAAGUUUAUCGUUUUGUACAGAUCUCCUGUGAUGAUGAACAUGUUACUGUGUUUAUUGGACUCAGUCCAUAUUUCAUGAUUACAUAAAUAAAGAUAUUUCACAGUUGAAGAAUUUA